ACUUCGUCUGCUUCUGAAGUGACUCUCUCUCUCUCUCUCUGUCUGCAAUGGCGGUUCCAUCUACGUUUUCCCGCCUAAACUUCUUCCCAAAACCUUCGCUUUUCACAGCACUCACCAAUUUCCGCAGAAACCAACUUCCACCCAAUUGGCCAUUCGCCACCGUAUCUUCCCGCACUUUCUCCUCCAUCGCAUGCUCUUCUUCCAACCGAACACCGAAACGCGACGGUGACUUAGUCGUUCUGGGCAUCGAAACCAGCUGCGACGACACCGCCGCCGCUGUCGUGAGAAGCAACGGUGAAAUUCUGAGUCAAGUAGUGUCUUCUCAGGGCAAUCUGCUUGCAAAAUAUGGAGGUGUUGCUCCCAAAAUGGCAGAAGAAGCUCACUCGCAAGUGAUAGACCAGGUUGUGCAAGAAGCCCUAGAUAAAGCUUCUAUAACUGAGAAGGAUCUCACUGCAGUUGCUGUUACUAUUGGUCCUGGUUUAAGUCUCUGCCUACGUGUUGGGGUCCAAAAAGCUCGGAGAAUUGCUGGGGGUUUUAGUUUACCAAUUAUUAGUGUGCAUCACAUGGAGGCUCAUGCUCUAGUGGCCAGGUUAAAUGAGAAAGAUUUGCAGUUUCCAUUCAUGGCCCUACUUAUUUCAGGGGGGCACAAUCUUCUCAUUCUUGCACAUGAUCUGGGGCAAUACAUACAACUUGGAACUACAAUAGAUGAUGCUAUUGGUGAGGCAUAUGACAAGACAGCAAAAUGGCUUGGCCUUGAUAUGAGGAGAAGUGGUGGUCCUGCUAUAGAGGAGCUUGCUAGGGAGGGUAAUGCUCAAUCAGUCAGUUUUUCUAUUCCAAUGAAGCAGCACAAAGAUUGCAACUUCUCCUAUGCUGGUCUGAAAACCCAAGUAAGGCUGGCUAUUGAGUCCAAAAAGAUUGAUGCCAAAAUUCCUAUUUCUUCUGCUAGUAAUGAAGACCGAUUGUCACGGGCAGAUAUUGCUGCUUCAUUUCAGCGAAUUGCAGUGUUACAUCUUGAGGAAAGGUGUGAACGAGCAAUACAGUGGGCAUUGAAGAUGGAGCCUUCUAUAAGAUACUUGGUUGUCUCUGGUGGUGUUGCAUCAAAUCAAUAUGUUCGGGCUCGGCUUGAUAUGGUUGUGAAGAAGAAUAGCCUGCAACUUGUAUGCCCUCCUCCCCAGCUUUGUACGGACAAUGGUGUAAUGGUUGCUUGGACUGGUAUUGAACACUUCCGCAUGGGAAGAUAUGACCCUCCACCUCCUGCUGAAGAACCAGAGGACUUUCUGUAUGAUUUACGCCCAAGGUGGCCUCUAGGGGAAGAAUAUGCUGAAGGAAAAAGUGAAGCACGCUCCUUAAGAAGGGCUCGUGUUCAUCCUUCUCUUACAUCUCUAAUUCAAGCAUCAUUGCAACAGUGACAUUGCAUGAGCUUCCAUGUUGCUUCAACCUCUUUUAUGAAGUUCUGCAGGGCAAGCCACUCUUUGACUUACCUCUGAUUUCUGAAAUGACAUCUUUGGCUGAGUUUUCAAUAAUACAUAAAAUUUGUCCAACUUUGCUGGGGAAAGUAGCCAUUGGCAUCAAGCAGGAUCACAGAGAAAAUCCAGCAAAGCAGUGUCACAGAAGGGAGAAACCUUACAAUUGUGGUUGGUAGAAGUGAAAAUAGGAGUGGGAUAGGAAUAGAUGAAAAUUGAUUAAUGCUAUUACCAAAAUUUUACAACUUAAAAGAAAAAAAGAAGAAGAAAAACUCUGCAUCUAUGCCUUAUUCUUUAGGUUAUCUGUAAAAUCUAGUAUCAUAAAACAAGUUGUAUUUAUUUUAUCCACAAAGUUGUGGUUCUAGCCUAUUUCUGCAUAAUCUCUAGAUAUAUUGUCAAGUCUUCAUGUU